AUUAAGACAAAAAAGAAUUUUGGAAGUCCCCGGCGAGAGCGAAAGACUGGAGGGAGAGAGGUGACCGACAAUUUUUUUCCAUCCCAACCCUACCAACUCAGACCCCUCAAUCCCAAUAGAGAAAAAUCAUGAGGCUCAAGACUUAUGCGGGCCUUAGUUUGAUUGCAACUUUGGCUAUUAUUUAUCAUGGAUUUAACAGCAGGGGCCAGUUUUAUCCGGCAAUGGUGUAUCUCUCGACUUCCAAGAUCAGUUUGGUGCUUCUUCUCAACAUGGGUUUGGUCAUUAUGUGCAUUUUAUGGCAAUUAACCAAGAAGGUGUUCUUGGGUUCCCUUCGUGAGGCAGAGGUUGAGAGGCUUAAUGAGCAAUCGUGGAGGGAGGUCAUGGAAAUCCUCUUUGCAAUUACUAUUUUUAGGCAGGACUUUUCUGUGACAUUUCUUGCCAUGGUAACAGCGUUGUUGUUGAUUAAGGCUUUGCAUUGGUUGGCUCAAAAGAGAGUCGAGUACAUCGAGACGACUCCUUCAGUGCCCAUGUUGUCACAUGUUCGAAUUGUAUCUUUCAUGGGUUUCCUCCUUCUUCUAGAUAGCCUUUUCUUAUACAGUUCUUUGAAGCAUUUGAUAGAAACUUGGCAGGCUUCGGUUUCACUGUUCUUUUGUUUUGAGUACAUGAUACUGGCAACUACAACUGUGUCAAUAUUUGUAAAAUAUCUCUUCUACGUCAGUGACAUGCUAAUGGAGGGACAGUGGGAAAAGAAACCAGUCUUCACAUUUUACCUGGAACUGAUUAGGGACUUGCUUCACUUGUCUAUGUACAUGUGCUUCUUCCUUGUAAUUUUUGUAAACUAUGGUAUUCCCUUGCACCUAAUACGGGAGCUGUAUGAGACGUUUAGGAACUUCAAAGUUCGUGUUGCAGAUUACAUACGAUAUCGUAAAAUUACUUCAAAUAUGAAUGAUCGGUUUCCAGAUGCAACCCCUGAAGAGCUUAAUGCAAGUGAUGCAACCUGCAUUAUCUGUCGUGAGGAGAUGACUACCGCCAAGAAACUUAUAUGUGGGCAUCUUUUUCACGUUCAUUGUCUCCGAUCAUGGCUGGAGCGGCAGCAUACUUGUCCCACCUGCAGAGCCUUGGUUGUACCACCAGAAAAUGGAACACCUGUAGCUGUAGGGCAGCAAGGAUCACAGUCAGACAGUCAUCGUCAGGGAACUGGGACAGGCACUGGAAGUGCAGCUCAAACUGAGGCUACUGAUAAUGUGAGUCGACAUCAAGCCAGACUCCAAGCUGCUGCUGCUGCAGCUUCAAUAUAUGAGAAGUCUUAUGUGUACCCCUCUGCAAAUUCUUUUGUGUGCUCUCCUGGAUACACUCUUUAUCCCCCGGUUCAAAUACCUACUGCAGAAUCUGCUAGUACAGAUCGUAGUGGAGAGCAAACUUCCAGUGAACAAGCAUUAAGACAGUUUCUUAUCCCUGGUGGACCAACAAAUGUAUCCUUUCCUAUGAUGCAACAAUUCCAUUUUCUACCUUCUCAAACAUAUGCAGCCCCUGUGAAUUAUGGAGAGGGGUUUGAGAAUGAUCCAAACAUCCCAAGCUCUCCGCUGGAAGCUCAAAAAAAACUUCUUCAAUGCCAGAUUCAGAUUCUGCAAAAUCAGCUCGAGAUUCUGCAGAGGACAAAGGCUGAUAAAAGUGUAGAUGAGGGUACAUCCUCAUCAGAUAGCAGAGGCAAGAGUAUCGCUUCCUCAUCAUCCGAAUCUGGUAAUGGUUAUCGUGAGGUGAUUCAAGAUGGAAAAGCAUGAAAUUGUCGGGUUUAUUUCUUGUUUUUGCCAUGAGACUGCCAAAUGUAGAUAUAGGAAAAUACAGAAAUCACAGCAUUGCUCUAAUGUGACAUCUGUUAUUCGUGAUAAUACUAAUCUUGUAAAUGCAUAGUGCCCCUUGAAAUUGAUUUAUUUUGGUUUUUAUUGCUUUCUAUGUGGAUUGCACGCAUGUAUUAGUUUUUACGGAAUUUACCUUUUGAGCAGAAAGUAGGGAUUUAUUGUUUGAGGCUUA